GACGCGGCGUCUCCUACCUGCGAGGAAACAUUCCUGCUGCCUGCCGCAACAUGUGGACGCCCUCGCCGCGUCACGUCAGCUGGGAGCCCGCUGGGAAGUUUCUCUCAAGUGAGUCACCAGCAGGAGGACGACACCACCCAGUCUCUCUCGCUCUCUCUGGAUAUACAACACUUUGUGACGCCAUGAUGACUUAAAUCUUCUCCACUUUUUCCAAACAUUCGGCCAUGAAAGUCACCGUGUGCUUCGGGCGCACGAAGGUGGUGGUGCCGUGCGGGGAUGGAGACAUUACCGUGAGCAGCCUGGUGGCCCAAGCCGCCAUGAGGUACAAAAGAGCCAUCGCCAAGGACCCCAGCUACUGGGUUCAGGUCCACCGGUUGGAACACCACGACGGAGGAAUUCUGGACCUGGGUGACGUGCUGUGCGACGUGGCGGAUGACAAAGACCGGUUGGUGGCCGUCUUUGAAGAGCAGGACCCUCACAAUGGAGGUGACGGCACCAGCGCCAGCUCCACGGGCACGCAGAGUCCAGAACCGUACGUCGGCCAGCUGAGCCCCACCUCGGCCUUCCAGCCCUACCAGGCCGACGGCGAGAUCGAGGUCACGCCGUCGGCGCUGAGAUCGAACAUGCCUCUCCGCGUCCGUCGCAGCAGCGAUCCCUCGCUGGUUGGCCUUCCCGCCGCGGAAAUUCCACUUGGCGAGGAAGAACCGUCGAGAAGGAACCCGAGUCGCCGGUCAACCGCCGCCGGCUUGCAGAAGCACAACCACAAAGCACGUCCAGACCUUGGCACCAACAGCCUUGAACGGAAGGGCAGGGGAGGCCACACCUACCGGAGUCUUCCUCGCGACGCGAGUGGCAGGACCACUCAGUUCCAGCGAGAGAUGACCAGGUCCUCGCUAAGUGCCAAUCAUCCCAUGGUGGACCGCUGGCUGGAUCGACAAGAACAGGAAGAGGAAGAGGUCAGACGCAAACACAGAGUUGAGCGGAUAGAACCAGUGGGAAGAGCCGACUCCGCCUUGGACCAUUGGCCGCUGCCAAGUCUGGAAGCCAUGCUCAAGCCCGUGGAGGUGUCCAACACAGGAGGGCCCCUGGGGAUCCACCUGGUGCCUUUCAGUUCCCAGGAUUUCAGAACCCAGGGCUUGCUCGUCAAUCGUCUGGAGCGCGGGGGCAAGGCGGAGCAGGAGCGUCUCUUCCAGAAGAAUGAUUGCAUUGUCAGGAUCAAUCAGAGAGAUAUACGCAACCUUCACUUUGAACAAGCCCAGAACAUUUUCCGGCAGGCCAUGGCUUCCACCCUCAUCCUCUUCCACGUGGUCCCCGCCGCCAAGAAGAAGCAGUACGAGCUGCUGGCGGGCAGAAGUGACCUCAGCUCGCCUCAGUCCGGCAGAGUCCGCGUGAGCCAAGGCUCUCUGCAUUCUGGAGACAGGACCAGCCUGAGAACCUCCAGUCUACGGGACUCCCUGGCAGGGAGCAGCCCUGAGCCAAGGCACAGGUACGCCACGCUACCCCAGUCCCUGGUGUCCAGCGCCUCGUCGACCUCAUCGCCUUCCUUGCAGCGCAGGAUAAGCACAACGUUGUCCAACAGCUCCUACGCCACGGGCAGAGGACGCAGCUUCAACAUUCAGUUGAAGAAAGGUCCGGAAGGUCUUGGGUUCAGCAUCACUUCCCGAGAUGUUCCAGUUGGUGGCAGCGCUCCUAUUUAUGUCAAAAACAUACUUGCUCGGGGGGCCGCCAUCCAAGAUGGCAGACUCAAAGCUGGAGACCGUCUUCUGAAGGUCGGUGGUGUGGACCUGAGUGGUAAAACCCAAGAAGAGGUGGUAGCUGUGCUGCGUGCCGCACCCAUGGGUGGGGUAGUCAACCUGUCGGUGACUCGUCCAGAGGAACCCCUGCUGCCUCGAGAAGUGCAAGCGGGUGACGACGACCUGGUCUUGACCCCGGACGGUACGCGAGAGUUCAUGACCUUCGAGAUCCCCCUCAACGACUCGGGUUCUGCAGGCCUGGGGGUCAGCGUCAAAGGCAACCGAUCCAAGGAGAGCCACGCCGACUUGGGCAUUUUUGUCAAAUCCAUCAUCAACGGUGGCGCCGCCAGCAAGGAUGGGCGACUACGCAUCAACGACCAACUCAUCGCCGUCAACGGGGAGUCACUGCUGGGGAAUACCAAUCAGGAAGCCAUGGAAACGCUACGUAAAUCCAUGUCGGUUGAAGGCAACAUUCGAGGGAUGAUCCAACUCAUCGUCGCCCGGCGGUUGGGCCAAAACCAAGAGGAGCUCCCUGGCAGCCCUCCUAUGUCGGACCACCUUGGCAGCCUUCCGGAUAACCAUGAGCGCCGCAUCUCUCACUCCCUGUAUGAAACCAUCGAGGUCUUCAACAAUAUCUCCACACCGUUACCAAAGUCAGUUGGCCGCAUUGGUACAUACCAGCUCUCCCCCACUGUGAACAUGCCCCAGGAUGACAUUGUGCUGAUAGAAGACGACAGACCGCCUGUGCUCCCUCCGCACUUCUCGGACCAAUCGUCCUCGAGCUCCCACGAAGACCUGGGCUUCAUCGGAGGCAACCCGGGACCGUGGAUCCAGGUGCCGGCCGGCCACAACGAAUGCUAUCUCAGUCCUGAUGCAGAUCCGGAUGGUUCUUUCCAAAGGGAGAGCUUCGGUCGCCAGAGUAUGUCGGAAAAACGCACCAAGCAGUACGACAGCGCUUCUCACCUGGACAUCGUCAAGUCACGCAAAUCUAAGAGCAUGGAUCUAGGACAUCCCGUGGGACCGACGCUGGGCCUCAAAAAGUCCAGUUCCCUGGAAAGCCUCCACACCGCUGUUGCCGCGGCGACGCGGAGCGCCGAGAUCAACGUCAACCGGCCGCGCUCGCGGAUCAUCCGAGGCCGGGGCUGCAACGAGAGCUUCAGGGCGGCCAUCGACAAGUCGUACGACAAACCUCACGUCCAACCGGAGGAAGGCGCCAGCAUGGAGACAUUGGACGAGGACACGGACGGGAGCUCGCGAUCCGGCCAGGAUUCGGCGUCCGCCAGCGGGGACCCGGCCCCGGGCCCCGGGCUCAAUGGCAAGCUGGACAAAGAAGAGCGGCUGAAAGACGGCGACAAGACGGAGAAGAAGAAGAAGCCCGAGCGGGACAAAGAGAAGGAGAAGAGCAAAGCAAAGAAAGGCAUGCUGAAGGGCCUGGGCGAGAUGUUCAGGUUGGGGAAGAGCCGCGCUAACGAGCAGGCGGGAGUGGAGAGGAAGAGCUCCGGGCGGGCGAGAGCUGAGGACGUGCAGCCGUCUGAGGAGGACACCCAGAGGAUGAGGCUGGAACAGGAGAGAAUCCAGGCCAAGAUGCGGGAGCUGCGGGAGAAGCAGGCCAAGGAGCGAGAAUAUGCAGAGAUCCAGGACAUCAUCAGCCACACCACCUUGAGCUCGGAAGAAGAGCACACCUACGCCGGCAUCGGCUCGCUGGACUUGUCGGUGGACGGCAGCAGCCUGGAGCCUUAUGGCAGUCACCAUCACUACCAUCUGCCUCAGAGUCCUGAGGGCCCUCUCCUUUCCUCCAGUCCUCACAUCAACAAGCCACCUCCAGAGGCCAUCUACGCUCAGGUCAACAAGCCUCGCAAUGGACGCCCCGUGUCUACUGAAAGCAAUCAGACGGCUCCCAGUAACCAUGACCGGAUACAAAGGCUCAGGAACGAGUUCCAGCAGGCCAAGCAGGACGACGACCUGGAGGACCACCGGCACUCGUACAGCUCGGAUCAGACUUGGGGUACCAACGGGACGGAGGGACCGAGCGGGCGCCAUUCUGUGACCGUGGAGAGGCAGCGCCAGGAGGACCCGGGUACUUUCCAACAAGCACAAAGGCAAUACAGCUCUCUGCCACGGCCGCCACGUAAGACCCCGAGCAUCGCGUCCCAAGACGCACGGGACAAGGCUUACCCACCAGCAGGCGCCAAGGAUGACCCCCGCUACUCCGGCGCCCAUAACGGCUACCUGGGAACGUCCAACUACAACGCCCGAGUCGUCCUGGAGACGCAGGAGUUGCUGAGACAGGAGCAGAGGCGCAGAGAUCAGGAGGUCCCCAAGGGACAGGAACCGUCUAACAGAAACCACAAUCAGGAGCCCCCGAAAUCCAAGGGUCCCUACAGACAGGAUGUGCCCCCGUCCCCGGGUCAGCUGGCCAAGCUCAGCCGGCUUCAUCAGGGCUCUGAGAAAGGCCGGCCGUUUUAUCCCUAACAGGUACAAACAAAAAACCUUGAGACUGAUUUUACAUUCCUUCAAGAAGUGAGCAGAGAGUCCAAAUGCUGUCGUACUUUCAAGUAUUUAAUUUCCUUCAUGACAUGAACAUUAAUCUGUGUUAUGGUAUAUGUAAAAUAACGUUUUUUUGCUCGUAUGUAUAUACGUGCCUUACCAGUUUCUACCUUUGGACUUUGUCACGAUCAAUUGGGGGCUGGUCCGGGAGUGCCCCAACAGCCCUCGGAAUGAGGAGAAGUCCCGGCAACGGAGAAAAUAUGAACUUUCCAAUAUUCGUUCAUCGGCUUUUAGGUUCCACUUCUCUCCUUCAUCCGACCGGCUCAGGUCGGGGUUUUUAAUUGAUGUACCUCGUUACAAAAUAAACCCCGCAUUUGUUUUGUUGUGGUGUGCGGCAAGGAGACAGAAACGGCAACCUUGUCGGCAAGGGUCCGGGCUUUGUUCGGAACGACUGGGACGUAAGUGAAGCCUGGCUCUGAGGUGUCGGUGCGGUUCCUUGCGGAA